UUGCCAGUCUCUCGGAGCCCGAAUGCUCCAGAUGUGCUGCCAGCCUCGCGCGACACCGCCUCCAGCGCGGGAAAGGCUCUGGGCAAAGUGCACCGUCCGCGGGGGAGAGCCGGGGCGCAAGCACCCGGGUCCCACAGCCCGCCCCGGAACCCGCCCCCGCGCAGCCCCACGUCGCCCGGGGAGCGCGCCUCGCCGCGCGCGCCCCUGCCCGCGCCUGAGGCGCGUCCCCGCCCCGGUGCAGCCCCUCCUCCCCGCUGUGUUUAUUAGGGGAAGGAGGGCGGAGGCGGAGGCCAGUUCCCCAGCUCCAGCCGCCGUCGCCGCCGCCAGCACAGUGCAGCCGCGGCCGCCUCCCGCCAGCCCUCCGGGGGAGAGAACGUGCUUGAGCUCGGGCAUCCCCGCCCCAGUCUUUUCCGGAGCCAUGAACCCCAACUGUGCCCGGUGCGGCAAGAUCGUGUACCCCACGGAGAAGGUGAACUGUCUGGAUAAGUUCUGGCAUAAAGCAUGCUUCCAUUGUGAGACCUGCAAGAUGACACUGAACAUGAAGAACUACAAGGGCUAUGAGAAGAAGCCCUACUGCAAUGCACACUAUCCCAAGCAGUCCUUCACCAUGGUUGCCGACACUCCGGAAAACCUCCGCCUCAAGCAACAGAGCGAGCUGCAGAGUCAGGUGCGCUACAAGGAGGAGUUCGAGAAGAACAAGGGCAAAGGCUUCAGUGUGGUGGCAGACACACCCGAGCUCCAGAGAAUCAAGAAGACCCAGGACCAGAUCAGCAACAUAAAAUACCAUGAGGAGUUUGAGAAGAGCCGCAUGGGCCCCAGUGGGGGCGAGGGCGUGGAACCAGAGCGCCGGGACGCCCAGGAUAGCUACCGGAGGCCCCAGGAGCAGCAGCAGCAGCCUCACCAUGUCCCGACCAGCGCCCCUGUCUACCAGCAGCCCCAGCAGCAGCAGGCCACUCCAUCCUAUGGUGGCUACAAGGAACCUGCAGCCCCGGUCUCCAUACAGCGGAGCGCCCCAGGCGGGGGCGGGAAGCGGUACCGCGCGGUGUAUGACUAUAGUGCUGCCGACGAGGACGAGGUCUCCUUUCAAGACGGGGACACCAUUGUCAACGUGCAGCAGAUCGACGACGGCUGGAUGUAUGGGACGGUGGAGCGCACCGGUGACACAGGGAUGCUGCCGGCCAACUAUGUGGAGGCCAUCUGAGCCCCGCGGCACCCUCCCCACCCCGUCUUCAGUGCAUUCCAUGACAUCGCAUCCGUCCUGGGGCGUGACCCGUCCACCCUUCAGUGUCUCUGUCUUUUACGAUCUGCGACAGCUUGUUUAUUCCCACCCCUCCUCCAGCUUCUUUUGCCACCCGAAGCCUUGUUCUGCCACUUUCGCGGGCUCCUUCCUCUGGCAGGUUUUCCCCUGGACUGACUUCUUGGUUUCUCUCUGGAUGGAACAGGCAUGGGCUGCUCUGGGGGAGGGCAAGGCCCACGGGGUGGGCGGGCUGGAACGGAGACCUCUGUGGCCCCGGCUUCUCUCCUCCCUUCAGCCCCUUAGACCCUCCUGGCCAGCUCCUCACACUCCCAGACAUUCCAGUGCUGGGCAAGCCCCAGACCCCCAGGACCCCCAGGCAGGGCUGUGUACAUCCCUGGGCGGGGCGGACAGGGCUCUGCUGUCGUGUGGGGGCUGCCAGCUCACCGCGGGGUUUCCCUCCCUCCCCUCUGCCUCCUCAGGGGCUGCAAAAGGAACUCGGAGCCCUGCUGGGGACCAAGUCCUACCCCACAUGUACUCCCUGCACUGUGACCCCACAGAUGGGGGGCAGCAGACAAAGAGCCCCCGGGAAGCACAGCUUGGGUCAAGCUCUUGCCUUUCUUCAGGGGCAGCCGCGGGAAGGAGCGGGGAAGGAGGGGAGCAGGGCGUUCCCACAGCCCCUUUGCCCCACUUCCACCCCUGGGCUCCAGGGACUCCUUUGCCUCCCAGACUGGAAGCUGUGCUCCGAGGACAUGGAUGCCUCGCCUAGGGUCUGAGUCAGCCACACUCCUCCCUCUUCAUGGCAAGAGGUCUGGGCCCCCAUGGCGUCCCCGCCCCUGCCCAGUGCCAAGUGGGCCUGGAGCUGUGCCAGGCCAGCUCUGCCUCUCCACAGCUUGGCUUGCUGUGGCAGGAGCAAGCGUGUGUGCAGGUAUCUGUAACAGGGAAGUGUGAGGAUGACAGGAGACCAGGGUACAUGUCUGCUGGUGUCUCUGGGCUUGUGUGCAAGGCGUGUGUGUGUGUGUGUGUGUGCCUGUGUGUGUGUGUGCAUGUGAGGGAGGGAGGGAUGCAGAGCUCUCUGCCCCUGAUAUUUUCCUUAAACUCACAGUAAGCAGGAAGGACCCUCGUGGAGAGAAGCUCUUCGUGUUCUCUUUGGCUUCCCCCCAUCUGAGUGAGGAGACCCCCAUGCCCCCUGUUCAGUGUGCAGAGCAGCAGUGUCAGUGGUCAUGGAGUUGGGGGUUGCUGCUGCGUCUGUCGCUUGCUGGGGAGAGGAGGGGAAGACUUGGUGUGGGCCUGUUCUCUCCCCGUGCCUGGGACUGCUGAGUAGGACACCAGAAGGUUCUGGUCACCCACACUGUGGUGCCCAACCGUGGCUCUCCCCUCAAGCCCUCCCCUUGCAUAAUGUCCACUGGAAGCAACAGAGUGGGUCCCGGGGCUCCAAAACGAAGCACAGACUCUGGGAUGAGGAAGGGCAAGAUGGUGCUACAUCCAAGUUCCUUCUCGGGGCUGGGGGUUGGGUUACCCCUCACCUGGCUUUAUUCAUCUCUGGGUUUUCUUGUCACUUCUCUGUGUUCCCCUCUCCCCCUUCUUCACCCUUAGUCUGACCAGGCCCUGCAGCUGGCACCCCCUCCCCGCUGCAGUGCUGGGAUAGAGCCCAGGGCUUCUUCAAUACUAGGCAAGUGCUCUACCCCUGAUUCACACCCCUGCCCUACAGGUGGCACCUGGUCCCAUUGUACACUUGCACCCUGCAGGUGAGGGCUAGGGCCCCAAGAUGGUGGCCAAUUAAGCAACCCUGGCUGCAUGAGUGGCCUGUCAGUGGCUCCCAGUUGAUUUGGGAAUAUUCACUCCAGAUCAGAGGUUGAGGAAGUGGCUGGGAGGAGCCCCUGCCUGAGCAGUUCCUUUUCCUUUCUGGCCCCACUUUAGGUAAAGGGCAGGUGGAGUAUCCUAUUGGACAAUUUGGGGGACAGGCCAGACAGAGGGAGAAUAUUGGGGGAGCAGCCUCCAGGGAGGUGCCGAUCCACUCUGUUUCCUCUUGAUCUCAAAGCACAAUGUGGAUCUGGGGCUAGAGGUCAGGGACACAUCCUGUUGCAGGGACUGUGGUUGGGAGGCGGGUGCCACCUCCCCCAAGAGGAGCCAGCAGCCUAUUUCACUCAGCUGGACUUCCAAAACAAGGCAAGCCAGCUCCUAUUCUUCCUGUGUGAAGUCCUAAAAAUAGGGGACACUUUCUCACACACCCCCAGAGAGGAGGCACUGUCACACUGGUGCUGAGGGGACCCAGAGUAGCUGGAGCCUGUGUUUCUUCCCAGAACCUUGCACUCUUAGAAGAGCACAGAACCCCAAGGGCUGGGCUGAGCCCCUGACCUUUGACCUUCACAGAGGUCUUGUAGCCAAUCUAACCCAGGAAGGAUGAUACCUGGGAACAUGUUUUGUGGACCAAUCCUACCAUGCCAGAAGGCCCCGUAUGGAAAGUGUGGAUUCUCCCAACACUGCUUCCUGGCCCCCACCCCCUUCGCAUCCCUCCAGGGAAAACUCCUUUAUCGCUUCAUUUCUGCCUUUUUCCCCUUCACACAUGCACUUUUGGGCCUUUUUUUAAUAGCUGGAAAAAAAAUAAUGAAAUACCACCCCACAAACCUGUAUUUAAAAAGAAACAAGUGACCCUGUGAAAUUCACCUCUGUCCAAACAUUUCAUUCGUUUUUGUGUGUGAGUGUGUGUGUGUGUGUAUGUGUGUGUGUGCGUGCGUGUGUGCAUGAAGCCACCCACUCAUCUUUUUAUAUGGGGUUGUUGUCUUUUGGGUCUAUUUGGUCCCCUCCCUUGUGGGCUUGUGCUCGGGAUCAGAUCUUUCUGGCCUGUUGUGAUUCUGAACAUUUGACUUGAACCACAAGUGAAACUCUCCUGGUGACUCAAAUAAAAAUAUAAUUUUUACCUGC